AUGGCAUAUCAGCAGCAGCAGCAGCAACAGCAGCGCGCGGCUCCUACAGCGCCUAUGUAUGUCACCUCUCGGCAGCCUGAUACCUCUGGUGCACCUAAUGCUAUACCGUGGGCUGCUCUACCUGUCUUCAGCCAACCAGCAACUGGUGCCGGCUGGAUACCGCCGUCACGCCGUCCGAACAUCGUGGAUAGCAACCAUGCUCCUCAGCUCGAAGCGCUUUAUCCUGGUCUGAUGUGCGCUGCGCAGCAACCAGGUGUUGCCGCUCCGGUGUCCAGAUCAUUCUCAGCUUUACCACCAACAUAUGAGCGAGGUGGCGGCCAAUACAACCGCUCUUGGCAGGGCUCGCCUGACCGAGACGCGAUGUCUCAGUCCCCCGGCCCUGAGCGUCCAGCGAAACGGCAAACCAAGAAGCGGCGCGACUUCUCGCCUCUUGCUGACGACGUCUUGGAAGUUACUGAGUUGCAGACUUCUCGUGGCACAGGACGCAAGCCGAAGGCAACAAGAUGGCGUCCCGCGAUACCACGCAGUCUCUUCCCAGAUGGAGAAGAGGCUUCAUAUCGCUCGCGCUCACAUUCGCCGCAAGACUCUGCAAGAGCUACGCCACCUUUCCCAAACGCUACUCCAUCGGAGCACACUCAAGCCAGAACAGCACGGAAGGCACAGCCAAAUCCUGCGCAUUUCCACAACGGUAUCGAUCUCAAUUCCGACGAGUGUAAGACGCCAGACUUCCAAUUCGUCGACCGGAAUUCCUAUCGCACCGACAUUCAUAUCUUCAGAGUCACCCAGCCACUUAUAGCAUGCCUGAAGCUCAAAGAAUGCCUUGUCGAAACCUUCGUCGCUGAAGGACUGCCUCCGAGGGACUUGCUCAGGCUGGACACGCAGGAGCUGCAUCUACUUGAUCCCAGCCAGCCGGCCCACAUGGUGCUACUGGUGGACGCCGUCCACGUCGACGGCAAUCCGAGGAAGCCCGUCAGUCUUGCCGCAAUUAUAAGCAAGAACGACAGCCAUAUUCGUUGGUUCUACACGAUUCUCUCUGCUUCGGCAUUCCUUCGCAAACUUGAGGCUUUCUCGUGUAUGCAAUCUAGGCCCAAGGCACUGGAAGCGCAUACCCAACCCCACGGCAGUCUCUACGUCUUACUACGUGAAGCCUUCCUCAAAGCAGUAGAGCACGCACACCACCCAGACCAUCUCGCGGCUCACGCUCUUACGGAUUACAGUCCCUCAAUCUCGGAUCCAGAUACCGCGCUCGCUCGGCUGGAAGGUAGCAAAGACCUCUACUUCUCCCACAACGGCAAAUCCGAACACCUAGAUCUCGAGCACGACCGCUACCUCCUCGCCAUCGAACCAGCAGAGCGCUUCAUAGCGUCCGAUCUCAAACUUCCCUGCUCCGCUUACCUGUUGCUCAAGCGUCGCUUCUUCCAAGCUUUUUGGAGGGAUCUGGUGGCUUGUAAGGAGAAAAUUGGAAAUGGGAGGUCCAAAGUAAGGACUGAACAUGCGCAUGAGGCUUGGCUUGUUAAUGAGGGUGGGGUCAAGGCGAUGGUGGGGAGGAGGCUGGUUGUUGCUUGGAGGGUGUUGGGGUUGUUGGAGGAGAAGAGGUUUUUGCCUUGGUUGAAGGCUGGGGGAAUGGUUGAGGAGGUUUGGAAGCAAGGUGAUGGCGUUGUUUGA